UCCUAAUCAAUCAAUCGGAAUUGAUCGUCCGGUCAAGAAGGCAUCGAGACAGUGAAAGCGGCUUGUUUUCUGUGAAAGAGUACGAUCUACGCUAGUGUUAGUGAAUUUAUAAUUAAUCAAGUGAUAAGUCGAAAUAACAAAAAAAAUAAUAGGUGAACCGCUAAGAAACUCAUCCCGCAAAAAUUAUCUCGCGCUACUCUCGCGAAGGUGAAAGUACAAUCAACAAGGGUUGCGUUCGUUGUCUAUGAAGUGCCGCUCCUACUCGAAUAUAAAAACCGGGCGGCAACGAGAAAUCCUUUUCACAGUGGCGCUCGUUGUUCAAGGCAGAAGUCCUCCAACCGUGGAUUCGCGUUCUACUAUUCGACAGAAGGGUACAAUAUCACGAGUCGUGACACGGAUUUCCUCGCACUUGACUCCGUUUACAAGGUCUGAAUAGCACUACAAGCUGAAUUGGAAAACAAUAAACAAAGAAAGGAUAACGUCGGAACGGGAAAACACAAACAGUGAAAGUGGUAACACUAUACGAACCACGUUAGCUUUGGUCCCAGCGCGAGCUUAGUCCAGAAACCAGUCAGCGAGGGCGGUCGGGAUUUUCCUGAACGCCAGUUAAAAUAGUCAUGCAGAUCGUUGGUCUGCUGCUAUCAAUCGGUUUGGCUGUGUGCUGCUUCGGAACAGUGCGAUGUUGGCCAAUCAACCCCGAUCUGGUGGACAAUUUGAUUAUCGCCAAUCCGGAAGUGGCAGCCCAAUCGAUGCGGGAAAUUCCACAAUGGCACUGUUUGCGGUACUUCAAGCAUGACAUCCAUCUAAUGAGACGCUGCCGUAACUAUCGCAUGCAUAUGCUACGCCGGCCGAACGAUAUGAUUUGAAAUGGAACGGAGCAUUGGCCAUCAUAAACGGAGAAAACCGAGGACCGUUUUGUAGAAAAAAAGAAAGAAAUCAGAAUCUCUCAACAAAUUAUAUGCAGAACAGUACCGUGAAAUAUAUCCUUAUCCAAUGUGGAAAAUCAAUCUCAUAAGAACACUACUUAGGAUAGACGCAUAGUAAUUAGAUAUUUUUCAAGUGGCAUUCUCCUUUACACGAUAAUUUUCUAUACAUGUAGGGCAAUUAUUGACUAACGUAAAACUGUCAUCUUAAUGCAGUGGUAUUACAAUUCAGCACUGUGACCAUUUUUUUUUUUAAUUUUGUCAUUUUAUUUAACGUUCAAUGCUAAUAUCGAUACAGAACGAUUAUAAUAAAGAAGCAGAACUCAAUGCAACUCAAUGAAA